CUUCUUCACUUUUUCUUUUCUCAUUUUCAUUUUCAUCGCUUUCUACUUUUCUUUCUUAAAAUCAUUACAAUCUUUUUCUCAAGAAAAAAAAUGGAUUGUAAAAUCAAAAUACCAUUUCUCACGCUUUUUCUUUUUCUGCUAUUUUCUUCCAUUUUCCCACUCACUUUCUCAGCUGCCAAUAAACCCCUUAACACCGAUAAGCUCCACCGACGUGGUUCCUCUACCGUUUUCCGUGUUCAAGGGAAUGUUUACCCUCUAGGGUAUUAUACAGUGUCUCUCAAGAUUGGCAAUCCUCCAAAACCUUAUGACCUUGAUAUUGACUCAGGUAGUGACCUCACUUGGGUUCAGUGUGAUGCACCAUGUAAAGGUUGCACUAAGCCUAAUCAUCAGCUUUAUAAACCCAGCAACAACCUUGUGCAAUGUGUGGACCAGUUAUGCGCUGGAGUGCAUUUGACAUCAGACCAUCACUGUGAUACCCCAGAUGAUCAGUGUGAUUAUGAGGUUGAAUAUGCAGAUCAUGGAUCGUCUCUAGGGGUCCUCGUCCGAGACUACAUUCCCCUUCAAUUUACUAAUGGAUCUGUGAUACACCCUAAGAUAGCCUUUGGAUGUGGAUAUGAUCAAAAGUAUUCUGGUCAUACAUCCCCACCUUCUACAACGGGAGUCCUUGGCCUUGGCAAUGGAAAAACAAGUAUUUUGUCCCAGCUUCACUCUCUAGGUCAUAUUCGCAAUGUAGUAGGUCAUUGCUUAAGUGGUCGAGGAGGAGGGUUUUUAUUCUUUGGAGACGAUCUCAUUCCCUCAUCAGGAAUUGUUUGGACACCCAUGUUACCUAGUUCUUCAGAAAAACACUACAUUUUGGGACCAGCAGAAGUGCUUUUCAAUGGAAAGCCUACUACUGUUAAGGGUCUUGAACUUAUUUUUGAUAGUGGAAGCUCUUACACAUACUUCAAUUCCAAAGCUUACCGCGCUAUUCUUGAUCUGGUAACUAAUGAUAUAAAGGGAAAACAAUUGACAAGAGCAACUGAGGAUCCAUCCCUUCCAAUUUGCUGGAAGGGUUCAAAGUCUUUCAAAUCUGUAAGUGACGCCAAAAGCUAUUUCAAGCCCUUAGCAUUGAGAUUCAAAAAAGUGAAGAAUUUGCAGAUGCUAAUACCGCCAGAAGGCUAUCUCAUUGUCACUAAACAUGGAAAUGUUUGCUUCGGGAUUCUGGAUGGUACUGAAGUAGGACUAGGAAAUCUUAACAUAAUAGGAGACAUCUCUUUACAAGAUAAAAUGGUAAUUUACGACAACGAGAGACAGCAGAUUGGAUGGAUUUCUUCCAAUUGUGAUAGGAUUCCAGACAUCGACCGUGACUUUGAAGGUGAUGCUUUUCAACAGCCGCAUGCAGCCAAUUUGGGUAUCUUUGACAACCGAUGCCCUGCAGAUUCUGAAUUAUAAGACAGAUAGUCAAUAAGUUGCUUGUCAGAGGAUGUUGAGAUAAUUUGGACAACAUAUAUACAUAGAAUUUUUUGUCAACUUAAUACAAUGUAAAUGCUUCAUAAGCUACAGUUAACGAUUUUGUAAAUGAUAUUCCAAACCAUAUUUGUAUGGAUUGAUACCAACUUCGAAAUUCCGGUGUAAAACUUACCGCAGUUGAUAUGCAAGUUGCAAAAUGACUUUUAUCAGUCA